CACAUAAAAAUUUCCUCUCCACCAGUCAUCCACGUACUCGACGCACUUCUUUCAAACCGAUACCCCCGUCACCCCAUUCAUAAUAUCUGCAACGCAACACCGAGCCUCGUACAUAACCGCUUCAAAACUCAGAUGCUCACGUCAGUCACCAACAACAAUGUUCCCCUACUCUUAUUUCCCACGCCUCCCAGUUUGGAACUCCCUCGCUCCACCGCGUCCCCGCCAACCCACAUCCCCUCCCAAGGAACCUGCAAAACCCGCUUCCCAAGACCCCACCUCCCAUCAAUCAAUGUCACACCCCAAAGACGCACCUCCUGAUCACGACAUCGUCAAGCACAACCAUGCUUGCGAAACCCAACACCCACCACUUUUCAAGAAGCCGAAAAGAGUGUAUAUCAACACCUACUCUAAUUCAGUAGUGAAGCGUAGUAAAACGGAGCAUGAGCGAGUGGUGGACUCGCGACAACCAGGGCUGAAGCCGUUGUUGACUGUGUGUGCGAUGGAUUGGAAGCCGCCGCCGCGGGAGGUGUGUGAGAAAUGGAGUGGAAUUAAUGAGGAGGUGCAGCGGUUUGUUGGGAGAUUGAAGGAAGCUAGGAGGGAUAUGAACGUUGCUAUGAAUGAAACUAUAGGUUAUCUCUCGAGGAAUCACGACGAAGCGCUGAUUGAGGUGUGUUGUGUGCAAGGAACGCAUAGGAGUGUUGCAGCUGCUGAGAUUAUGGGUGUCGAACUUGCUCUUAAGGGUAUCGAUACGUAUAUCAGGCACCUGCACCGACAAAAGAUGCCUCAGGACGAAUGGUGAGACCUUUUGGGGGGUUUUCCGCUGUAGCGGUGGUCCUUGGGCGUUUUUCCCUCAUAUGUGUUCGCGUAUUACAUUUAUUUCAUCGUUCAUCGAGUAUUUGCUAGUUACAU